CCGGUAGUGCGUCAACAGCUAGAACGACGUGAGCAGCAAACACCGCCGCCACCGCCGCCACCGCUUUUGGUUUUUUUUAAGCGAGGAGACCCGCCGCCGCCGCCGCCGCUGCCGUGUUACUCUCUUGGUACCAUUUUUUCGUUGCCGGCCAGAGAGAUAGAUAGAGAGUGCGAGCGAGCGCACACAGCCAAAACCGGUCAACGACAAUAUUUAAUAUAUUCAUCCCGUGGCACGGAUUGUAUACCUGUUGUAUAUAUAACAAUAUUUUUAUACCAAAAUAAUAUUACGGAAAAUAGUUUUUUUUUUUUAUUAAAUAGUGUGUGCGCUAGUCCGUGUUUUUUUUGUUAAAUUUUUGUUUCGUGGAAAAAAAAAAUAGUAUAAUCGACUUUCGAUCCGUGGUCGCGCGUCCGUCGAACACAGUGUUGUUGUUGUCCAUUGUUGUUAUAUUCGUCGGACGGAAUAUUUUAUAGAAGAAAAAAAAAAACAAUUGCACACACACACACACAAAGAUAAGAGUAUCAGCUAUAAAUUUUGGUUUUUUCGUUAUUUGUUAAUCCGUGGUCUACCUGCGCGUGCACGAACCCACCUCGCCCGCUAUCAGUUUUCCAGACCGGUUUUUAAUAGUAAUAAUAAUACUCAUUAUUAUUAUUGGCCAUUGUCGAAAAACCCGCGGUGCCGGAAAAAAAUAUUUAUAUAAAAUAAUAUAGAGUCCGUUAUUUAUAUAUACACUUAGUCAAUAUAUAUAUAACAGGCGAACGGCAACGUUUUUUUUUAUUCGCCGGCGGACGUUCCAACAGUGCUGUGAUAUUAAAUUUACGGAAAAUAAUAUAUUUAAACUCUUAUUUUAAAUUUAUAUUUGUUGAUUAAUUAUUAAAAAAUUAAGUAUCCGACCACCACCACACGCAGCCGUCAGCUACCUCACCGUCUUGAAUAGUAUUGUAGUAAUAAUAUAUACCUAUUGAAUAAAGAAAAAAAAAAAAACGUUCUCAACGCUCACAGCCAACAAAAUGGUCGAAAGCAUCAUCGAAGAAACGCCCGGGCAGACUGAAAGCACCCAAAACGACCCGGUCCAGAUCAAGUCUGAGUCUCUGUCGCUGCGCAAGGAAGAGGCUCGCAACAAGAGAAAGAAGAAGAAGACCACCAACAGCUUGGUGACGUCGUGUUUCCAAGAUGCAUACAGGUUAACUGGUGAAGUGUUGGGCCAAGGUGCUUACGCAUCUGUCCAAACUUGUGUGAGCGUGUUAACGGGUCUUGAAUUUGCCGUCAAAGUUAUAGACAAGAUUGCAGAACACGCACGGGCUCGUGUGUUCCGCGAGGUCGAGACUUUCUACCAUUGCCAGGGUCACCCGAAUAUCAUUCAAAUGCUCGAGUUUUUCGAAGCCGACGACAAGUUUUACAUGGUUUUUGAAAAAGUCAGGGGAGGACAGCUGUUGGACAGAAUUCAGCAGCGCAGGCGAUUCACCGAGCACGAGGCCAGUAUGAUUGUCAAAGAUCUGGCCAGUGCGUUGAAUUUUCUACAUCAGAAAGGAGUGGCUCAUCGUGAUUUGAAGCCGGAAAACAUCCUGUGCGUGGAUCCCGUGGAUUUGACUCCCGUCAAGCUUUGUGACUUUGACCUCGGUUCCGGCAUCAAGUUGAACCCCGUCGACGGCAGUGCCACGCCUCAGCUGUUGACUCCGGUGGGAAGCGCAGACUUCAUGGCGCCCGAAGUGGUGGACGCGUUUGUCGGAAGCCCAGACUCCAACUAUCACUACUACGAUAAACGCUGUGACUUGUGGUCGCUCGGAGUGGUCAUGUACAUACUGUUGUGCGGAUACCCGCCGUUCUACGGAAACUGCGGCUCCAACUGCGGAUGGGAAUCUGGAAACGCGUGUCCGGAAUGUCAAGGUUUGUUGUUCAUUAGUAUUCAUGAAGGGCGGUACGAGUUCCCGGAUCGCGAGUGGGCCGACAUCUCGUUCGAAGCCAAAGACCUGAUCAGCAAAUUGCUCGUCAAAGAGGCCAGCCUCCGUCCGAGCGCUGCCGAAGUUCUCAACCAUCCUUGGGUGCACAGACAGCAACAAGAGAAGCCCAAGAAAGAUCGGGAACUCAGCACGCCCGGUGUGAUUAGACGCAACAACAGCGCACGGGCCCUUUCUACUUUCGCAGAGUCCGCCAUGUCGGCCAACCGAGUGUUCCUGCAGCAUUUCAGCCUGUUCUCGUCUCCAGAUUUGCCUCAGGCCGCCGCCAAAAGACUAUCUCCGCCAUCGCAUUCCAUGAUUGUCCAACGUAGGUCGCUCGGAAAGCCGCAGUGUUCCAACGAGACUACCGCUAGCCGGCCGCUCGCUCCAUUGCCGAUCAUCGCGUCUCCUAGCGGUUAAGUUUUGUCGUGUGUAAAGUAAAAAAUAAAAAAAAAACGAAAA